AUCGUGUGUUAGAAAUUGUGUUAACAAAAUGUUAAAGAAAUUUGUUUGCUUCUUUGUGCUGAUUAGUGUAAUCGGACUCAUCAGCGAAUGGCCAAGCGCCCAUGGAAAUGCUGUAUAUUCAAUAGGGUCUCCUGAAUAUUUCUCAAGAAAUUCGUUCGACUCUGAUAAAGAUUCAUUAAAAGCUGUUGGAGAUUCAUUGAAUUCUACUACAGAUUCAUUAGACUCUGCUAAAGAUGCAAUAGGCUCUGCUGGAGACGCAUUAGAUGCUGCUGGAGGUUCAUCAGAUUCUGUUGCAGGAUCAUUAAAUUUUGGUGGAAAUCCAUUAGACCCUGCUAAAGAUUCAUUAGACGCAGCUGGAGAUUCAUUAAGCCCUGCUGGAGAUUCAAUAAAUUCUACUACAGUUCCAUUAGACUCUGCUAAAGAUUCAUUAGACGCUGCCGGAAAUUCACUAAAUUCUGGUGAACAUUCAUUAGACGCAGCUGGAGAUUCAUUAAAUUCUACUACAGAUUCAUUCGACGCUGCUGGAGAUCCAUUAAAUUCUAAUGGAGGUUCAUUAGGCUCUGCUAAAGAUUCAGUAGAAGCUGCUGGAGAUUCCUUAGAUGCUGGAAACUCAUUAAAAUCUGGUGAAGAUUCCUUGAACGCAGCUGGAGAUUCAUUAGACCCUGCUGGAGAUUCAAUAAAUUCUACUACAGUUCCAUUAGACUCUGCUAAAGAUUCAUUAGACGCUGCCGGAAAUUCACUAAAUUCUGGUGAACAUUCAUUAGACGCAGAUGGAGAUUCAUUAAAUUCUACUACAGAUUCCUUAGAUGCUGCUGGAGAUCCAUUAAAUUCUAAUGGAGGUUCAUUAGACUCUGCUAAAGAUGCAAUAGGCUCGGUUGGAGACCCAUUAGAUGCUGCUGGAGGUUCAUCAGAUUCUGUUGCAGGAUCAUUAAAUUUUGGUGGAAGUCCAUUAGACUCUGCUAAAGAUUCAUUAGACGCAGCUGGAGAUUCAUUAAGCCCUGCUGAAGAUUCAAUAAAUUCUACUACCGAUCCAUUAGACUCUGCUAAAGAUUCAUUAAACGCUGCUGGAAACUCAUUAAAAUCUGAUGAAGAUUCCUUGAACGCAGCUGGAGAUUCAUUGGACGCUGCUGGGGAUUCAAUAAAUUCUACUACAGAUCCAUUAGACUCUGCUAAAGAUUCAUUAAACGCUGCUGGAAACUCAUUAAAAUCUGGUGAAGAUUCCUUGAACGAAGCUGGAGAUUCAUUAGACCCUGCUGGGGAUUCAAUAAAUUCUACUAUAGAUUCACUGGACGCUGCUGGAAUUUCUUUAGACGCUGCUGGAAAUUCAUUAAAUUCUGCUGGAGAUUCAUUAAAUUCUACUGAAGAUUCAUUGGACUCUGCUGGAGAUUUAUUAGACUCUGCUGAAGAUGCAUUAGGCUCUGCUGGAGAUCCAUUAAAUUCUAAUGGAGGUUCAUUAGGCUCUGGUAAAGAUUCAGUAGAAGCUGCUGGAGAUUCCUUAGAUGCUGCUGGAGAUCCAUUGGGCUCUGCUGGAGAUUCAUUAGACCCUACUGAAGAUACAUUAAGCUCUGCUGGAGAUUCAUUAGGCCCAGCUAGAGAUUCAUUAGACUCUGCAGAAGAUUCAUUGGACGCUGCUGGAGAUUCAGUAGACGCUUCUGGAGAUCCACUAAACCCUGCUGGAGAUUCCUUAGACGCUGCUGGAAAUUCAUUAGACUCUGCUGAAGAUGCAUUAGGCUCUGCUGGAGAUCCAUUAAAUUCUAAUGGAGGUUCAUUAGGCUCUGCUAAAGAUUCAGUAGAAGCUGCUGGAGAUUCCUUAGAUGCUGCUGGAGAUCCAUUGGGCUCUGCUGGAGAUUCAUUAGAUGGUACUGAAGAUGCAUUAGGCUCUCCCGGAGAUUCAUUAGGCCCAGCUAGAGAUUCAUUAGACUCUGCAGAAGAUUCAUUGGACGCUGUUGGAGAUUCAGUAGACGCUUCUGGAGAUCCACUAAACCCUGCUGGAGAUUCCUUAGACGCUGCUGGAAAUUCAUUAGACUCUGCUGAAGAUGCAUUAGGCUCUACUGGAGAUCCAUUAAAUUCUAAUGGAGGUUCAUUAGGCUCUGCUAAAGAUUCAGUAGAAGCUGCUGGAGAUACCUUAGAUGUUGCUGGAGAUCCAUUGGGCUCUGCUGGAGAUUCAUUAGACCCUACUGAAGAUGCAUUAGGCUCUGCUGGAGAUUCAUUAGGCCCAGCUAGAGAUUCAUUAGACUCUGCAGAAGAUUCAUUGGACGCUGCUGGAGAUUCAGUAGACGCUUCUGGAGAUCCACUAAACCCUGCUGGAGAUUCCUUAGACGCUGCUGGAAAUUCAUUAGACUCUGCUGAAGAUGCAUUAGGCUCUACUGGAGAUCCAUUAAAUUCUAAUGGAGGUUCAUUAGGCUCUGCUAAAGAUUCAGUAGAAGCUGCUGGAGAUACCUUAGAUGUUGCUGGAGAUCCAUUGGGCUCUGCUGGAGAUUCAUUAGACCCUACUGAAGAUGCAUUAGGCUCUGCUGGAGAUUCAUUAGGCCCAGCUAGAGAUUCAUUAGACUCUGCAGAAGAUUCAUUGGACGCUGCUGGAGAUUCAGUAGACGCUUCUGGAGAUCCACUAAACCCUGCUGGAGAUUCCUUAGACGCUGCUGGAAAUUCAUUAGACUCUGCUGAAGAUGCAUUAGGCUCUACUGGAGAUCCAUUAAAUUCUAAUGGAGGUUCAUUAGGCUCUGCUAAAGAUUCAGUAGAAGCUGCUGCAGAUACCUUAGAUGUUGCUGGAGAUCCAUUAGGCUCUGCUGAAGAUUCAUUAGGCCCAGCUGGAGAUUCAUUAGACUCUCCCGGAGAUUCAUUAGACUCUGCCGAAGAUGCAUUAGGCGCUGCUGGAGAUCCACUAAACCCUGCUGAAGAUGCAUUAGACUCUGCAGAAGAUACAUUAAACUGUACUGGAGAUCCAUCAGACUCUAUUAUAGGUUCAUUAUACUCUGCUGUAGGCGCAUUACACUCUGCUGAAUAUUCAUUAGAUGCUGCUAAAAAUUCAUUAAACUUUGCUAGAUAUUCAUUAAACUCUUACUUAGAUACGUUAGACUCUUAUUCAGAUUCAUUCGGCUCUUAUUCAGAUUCGUUAGACUCUGAUUCAUAUUCAUUAGACUCUGCUAGAAAUUCAUUAAACUUUGCUAGAGAUUCAUUAAACUCUUAUUUAGAUUCGUUAGACUUUUAUUCAGAUUCGUUAGACUCUAAUUCAUAUUCAUUAGACUCGGCAGGAUAUUCAUUAAACUCUGUUAGACAUUCAGUAGACUCUUACUCAGAUUUGUUAGACUCUUAUUCAGAUUUGUUAGACUCUUAUUCAGCUUCAUUAGAACCUAAUUUAGAUUCAUUAUACUCUGGUAGAAAUUCAUUAAACUUUGCUAGAGAUUCAUUGGACUCUUAUUCAGACUCAUUUGGCUCUGAUUCAUAUUCAUUAGACUCUGCUAGAGAUUCAUUAAACUCUGCUACAAAUUCAUUACACGCUGUUAGAGAUUCAUUAAACUUUGGUAGAGAUUCAUUAGACCCCUAUUCAGAUUUGUUAGACUCUUAUUCAGCUUCAUUAGAAUUUAAUUCAGAUUCAUUAUACUCUGGCAGAAAUUCAUUGAACUUUGCUAGAGAUUCAUUGGACUCUUAUUCAGAUUCAUUUGGCUCUGAUUCAUAUUCAUUAGACUCUACUAGAGAUUCAUUAAACUCUGCUAGAAAUUCAUUACGCGCUGUUAGAAAUGCAUUAAACUUUGGUAGAGAUUCAUUAGACCCCUAUUCAGAUUUAUUAGACUCUUAUUCAGCUUCAUUAGAAUCUAAUUCAGAUUCAUUAUACUCUGGCAGAAAUUCAUUGAACUUUGCUAGAGAUUCAUUGGACUCUUAUUCAGAUUCAUUUGGCUCUGAUUCAUAUUCAUUAGACUCUGCUAGAGAUUCAUUAAACUCUGUUAGAAAUUCAUUAAACUUUGCUAGAGAUUCAUUAGACUCUUAUUCAGAUUCGUUAGACUCUUAUUCAGAUUCAUUAGGCUCUGAUUCAGGCUCAUUUGGCUCUGAUUCAGGUUCAUUAUACUCUGCCCGAAAUUCAUUAAACUUUGCUAGACAUUCAUUAGACCCUUAUUCAGAUGCAGACUAUAGCAGAUAUGAAAUGAAUUAAAACUUACAGAAGAAAAUUGUAAAUCAAAAUAUUGACUUUGAAUGUAAAUAUAAUAUCUUUACCAGCGUAAUUCUAUUACUACGAGUAUUUGUUAUUCGCGUACAUCGAGUAACGAAUUGAGUAACUAGCACAAUUGGGAAC